AUGAACAACUCGGAGCAGCUUUCAUUCAUCUUCAGCUGUAAUGUCAGCCCAAGUGAGACGCCAAAGCUUGACAUCAGUGUUACCAAAAGUGAGCCACUGACGAUCGCUGUCCCUAUGACCAUCUUCUAUAGCAUCGUCUUCUUCUUUGGAGUCCUAUUCAAUGGUGUGAGCAUUCUGACUCUCCUUAUGGAUGUUCAUAUGAGAGUCAGUGCCAUUCGUUUCUAUCUACUCAGCCUCGUUAUAUCAGACAUUCUGCAGCUGUUGACCAUCCCCGUGACUUUAUAUCGGUAUUACUGGGAGAGCUAUCCAUGGCGCCUUGGCCAGGCAGUGUGCAAGGUGUACUUCAUGGUCCGCCAAAUAUACUGUGCAACCACAAGCUGGGUUAUUGUGACCUUCACCAUCGAGCGUUACACAGCAAUCUGCCACACCAUGUGGUCUCUCUCCAGUCUGAAGAAGUCUCGACUGCCAUGCCUUCUUGCCGUAUGGAUUGUUUCUCUGGUCUCAGCAGUGCCGUUUGCUCUGGUCUAUGACCAGGCUCGGGCCUGCAUUCUGGACUACACUGCAACAACACAGGAGGACGCCUUUAAGGUAUCCACCAUGUGUGAAAUGACAGAACCUGCCCCUGCACACAUCUAUAAGGGAGCCUUGCUUCUGAGAGCGACGUUCUUCUUUCUGGUCCCACUGGUUUCCAUCUUUACCCUGUAUAUGCUCAUUCUGCUCCACCUAAAGAGGAAUGGCCGUCAGAGGAGGAACAUGGGACUUAUGAGACCGGUUCUAGAGGGAAGACAAGAUAUCCGCUGCCAUCAGAAUGGAAAGUUACUUCUGAAUGAGAAACGAGCUCUGAGACUCAUGGGUGCAGUCGUAGUGGCCUUUUUUCUGUUAAAUUUUCCAGAUAUUGCCUCCUCACUGAUGCAGAUGUACGUGGUGGUGUGGUCCGACACGGUCCUGUCUGUCUACACUGUUCUGAAAUCCUAUUUGUCACUUCCACUGUGGUACAUCAAUGGUGCUCUGGACCCGUUGCUCUUCUGUAUCUCUUCCCACACGUUUCGCCGGGCGUGCUGGAGAACUUUGGGCAGGCUUAGACCUCGCUGUUCCUUGAAGUACCAAGGCCAGACUUGGCUGAGGACGUGA